AUUUAAAAGGAAAUAAAAUGGAUUUGGUCAUAAUAAAAAAGCUGCCCAAGAUCUUCAAGCCAGGAUACCCUAGAUCAACAGAUGAGCUAUCAGCUCAUGAAGAAGCUAAAGGAAAGGAAGUAUUUGACAAAUUUGAUGUCGAUGCUAAGAAUAAAAUAGGUUAUGAAGAGCUAAAGGCCUUGUUUCUAUAUCUCAAUAUCAUUCUCAAGGACGAAAUGUUGGACCAGUACCUCAGAUACUCUAUUAAAUAUGAUGAAGAGAGCAAGUAUAAUGGCAAAGAUACCUCUCAGGUGUUUUCUAGCCUGAAUUACUCCCAAUUCCAAACUGUUUUUAAGUGUAUUUUGACCCAUCAGAGUGAAUAUUUCAGAGCUAUUUACAAUAAACAGGAAAAUGAAAUUGAUUAUGGAGAUUUAGCAACUACUGCCAUCUAUUAUGCGAAGAAAGCUUUUAAAAAGUACAGUUCUAACGGUAAUGAAGAUGCUCAGGAAGAUCUUGAUGACAUUGACGAGGAGCGCUUCAAAGAGUUCCUUGCAAAAGAAAUGGAAGUGGAAGAUCCUGAUUGUGAGAGUUCCAUCGCACAAACCCAAAUCUAAAUGUAGUGAAAGAGAGCUUAUUCAGAUUUUAACAGAGUUAAAUAAAAGUUGCCUGCUAAAACUUAAUCCUUAAUCGAGGGAAAUAAGGUCUUGUUAGUUUAACUAGAGGAAAUUAAAC